AUGAGAUUAACAAUUAUUAUAACAUUAAUCCCAACCAUGCGAAAGUUUAGUCUCGACUCAAGGCUGAAGACCGCGAUGGCAGCGCAGCAGCAAAGACAAACAGUUACAUCAUCCGGAAUAUCAAACAAGUACAUGUCCUCCUCCCAAUCAAGUUUCUCAAUAGCCUCCUCAAAAGAAGUAAGCUCGUCUAUCGCAGCCUUAACAACCGCCGCAUCAGCAGUAAACCACCUUUUAAACGGGCCUUACACCGAAGACGACCUACUAGCUCUCCCUCUAGACGACUUAACCCAACUCUGCACCAACGCGACCGCUCAAGACGUCGAAAAAGCUCGUCAGAAGUACUCCGCAUUAGUAGAAAAAUUCAUAGACCUUCUAAAAACUUCUUCUAAAGCGCCCAGUUUGCUGGACAAGAUCCACAGUAUUAUCCAGAAAGCCUGGUCAGUUCCCACCCACGGUCACGAAUUGGGUCUCACCCUCUGCAACACCCUUAGGAUACGCGGUGGGUUGGAUUUCAUGAUAAAAAACUGCCGCGGGGACGACCAGAGGCUUAAAUUUUCCUCCGCGACUCUUUUGGAACAAUGUUUGAUCACCGAAAAUCGCGCUUACGUCGUCGAACACGGUCUAGACGCGGUAGUAAGCGUCGCUUGUUUGUGCAUGAACCCCAAAAACAAAGACCUGAAUUACGCCAGAGUCGGAAUUGGAAUUCUAGAGCACCUUUUUAAGCACAGCCAGAACACUUGCAGCAAAGUAAUUGCUCUAGGUGGCUUGGAACAGCUUGUGUUCGCUUGCAGAAUGGCGGACGUAGAAGUUCUGCGGCACUGCGCAAGUGCAAUAGUGAAUCUAGCGCUUUACGGCGGUGCCGAGAACCAAGAGCGCAUGAUCAGUUCCAAGGUUCCCACUUGGACGUUCCCUUUGGCGCUGCAAAACGACGAGAAUGUUCGGUACUACGCGUGUUUAGCUGUCGCCGUUCUGGUCGCUAACAAAGAAAUUGAAGCUUCGGUUAAAGACGGAGGAGUUUUGGACCUCAUAGAACCGUUCCUAACCUCCCACAAUCCUUCAGAGUUCGCUAAAUCUAACCUCGCGCAUGCCCACGGACAAGCGAAGCAGUGGUUAGAGAAGUUAGUUCCAGUUCUGAGCUCUAAGCGCGAAGAAGCGCGCAGUCUUGCGGCGUUCCACUUCUGUAUGGAAGCGGGGAUCAAAAAGGAACAGGGAAAAACGGAUAUCUUCCAUGAAAUUGGGGUUAUAGAACCGCUAAAAAAGGUCGCCAGUUGUCCGAACGCGGUAGCUUCGAAGUUCGCCGCUAAAGCGCUGAUUCUAAUGGGUGAAGAAGUGCCUCAUAAGCUGAGCCAACAGGUGCCGCUCUGGUCGACUGAUGAUGUUAAGGAGUGGGUAAAGCAAAUUGGCUUUGCGGAGUAUGUUCAGAAUUUUGUGGACAGUCGGGUUGAUGGAGAUUUGCUUUUGCAAUUGACGGAAGAAAAUUUGAAGGAAGAUAUUGGGCUGACCAAUGGGAUCAAGAGGAGGAGGUUCACCCGCGAACUUCAAAAUCUUAAAAAAAUUGCAGACUACAGCAGCAAAGAUUCCGGAAAUUUAAACGGAACUUUACUUCUAGCAGGCAAAGAAUUUGCAAUUUAUACUUAUAAUUUUCUCAAUGCGGGCAUUGAUGAAGCAUACCUCGACAGCAUUUCCGAAGACCAAUUGUUGACGGAAUGCGGAAUUGUUAAUAGUAUUCACAGGGUUAAAAUAAUGGAGUCUAUCAAGAGACAUUUGAACUCGAAAAAAGCAUCGCCGACAGAUGAAAUUGAAACUACAGACAAAAAUCUUGAUGUUUUUGUAAGUUACCGAAGGUCUAAUGGUUCUCAGCUGGCUAGUCUUCUUAAAGUACACUUGCAAUUGCGCGGGUUCUCCGUAUUUUUAGACGUCGAGAGACUUGAAGCGGGAAAGUUUGAUAAUAAUUUGCUGCAGAGUAUUAAACAGGCUAAACACUUUUUGCUGGUUCUUACGACUGACGCACUUGGGAGGUGCAUUAAUGAUGACGAGGGCAAGGAUUGGGUUCAUCGGGAGAUAGUUGCUGCGUUACAGUCGCAGUGUAAUAUUAUUCCGAUUAUUGAUAAUUUUCAGUGGCCGCAAGUUGAAGAGCUACCGGAAGAUAUGCGUGCUGUUUGCCACUUUAAUGGUGUCAGCCUCCGACUAGGUUCUAAAGACAUUUCAUCACCAGGCACACCAGCGAGUUCAAGUAUGCGACACCCGCCGGCCUAUCACAGAAUACCGAGCAAUGAGAGUCAGAAUAAUAAAGAUUCUAGCAAAGAAACUAUCAAUAAAGAUGGAACUAAAAAUAGAUUUAGAAAAACUUCCAGUCCAAUAAGACCAAUAGGAAUGCCUUCGACACCGUCGCGUAAAUUUGUGUACACAAACCCAGGGAAGAGUCCAGAGCCCAAAAGACCAGCGAGACAUCCCUCACUGUCUUCAACAAGAUCGCGCUCACUGGAACUGCUGGACCAGCCUGAAAAAGUGAUCAAGAGACUGACCGACGGAUCGGAGCCUGCUGCUGCCAGGCCUCGGUCACGGAGUCUCGAUGAUUUUCUCGAGGAAUCUCCGGUGUCGGUGAAGCUCGAUGAAGUUCUCUCACUUCAAGAGUCUAGUAAAAUUUCAGCGCUGCCCGUUCCGCGUCCUAGGACAAAAUCAGUUAAAGAAGCUAAAGCAAAGCUCGAUUUUCCGAGCAGACAAUUGUCUCUGGACAGCGAGCUGAGCAAAAAUAAAUUAACUGAUUGCUGUGAUAUUCAAGGACGUGAAAAUAAUAAUAGUAGCAAUGAAAAUAAUAAUGGGAGUAAUGAAAAGUGUUCUUUAUCUAAAUCUAAAAGCUGUGGAGCGGGAUUGGAUGAAGAAGAAUCUAUUUCUUCUAAUGAAUUUCCGAGUAAUGUUCCUCAAGGGUCGCUUCAGUCCCUUCAGGGGAUUUUUGAAAAAAAAAAGUCCAAAUUUAUGAACAAAUGCGUUAGUAGGAUGAGAUCACUCAUCAAAAAAUGA